GUUUAUUCAAGGAGAGCUUUGCUGAGAGCUGGAGCACGCCAGCAGUGGGGCUCGUGGCCACCCAGCACCUGCUCAGACAGGAGGCUGCGGCCCAGGACUGCGUGGCUGGUGGGGGCCAGGGUGGGCCAGGCCUGGGGCUGCCCCGUCCUUGCCUCCCUGGGCCCAUGAGCAUCAACGUCUCUAUAGAGGCCAAGGACCCUGGAUUCCUCCAGUGACAGGGGUUUGGCCUCUGGACAGAGAGGUCCCAGAUGUUACAGGUCGGAGCCCUCCAGACCCCCAAGGACUGUACUCACUGCCCGGAAAUAGCUGCUGCCUCUGGGCAACCUUGCAGGCACCUUCUCCACCCAGGACAUGGGCACCCGUGACGAUGUCCCCGAAGCCAAGGUCCUGGUCCCCGUGGCCGUGUACUGUGGGAGCAUCCCUCGGACCAGUGCUGGGCCCCGGGUGCUCCCGCCUGGAAGCAUCAACUCCAGUCUGCCUCAUGGAGAAGGUUCCCUCCAGCCUGAGCCAAGAGCCCUGCUGAGCAAUGAGGAAACGUCACAGCUCCUGAGUGGACUUGGACAGCUGGGUGGCCUCAAGCUGGACACCCCUUCCAAGGGCUGGCAGGCAAGGAAUGGUCACCCCAGGAACCUCAGAGCCUUGUCUUUGGGGGCCCAGCCUCUGGUGCUCCUCCCUUCUCCGGAGUCAGGGGCCAACAGCGUGGCCAGGGACACCACCCAGAUUAAGGACAAACUCAAGAAAAGGAGGCUCUCAGAGGGCUUGGCAGCGUCUUCCCGAGCCUCUCUGGAUCCAGGGGGAGGCCCCCAAGGAGCUCCCCUGCGCAGCACCAUCCCCCGAACCACCUCUCAGAGGCUGCUGAAGGUGCCCAGGCCGAUGCCUCCCAUCCAGAGCAUCCCUACCACCCCCGAGGCCAGUGGAGUCAAAGAGAAGGGCCUGGACCCACCGGGGAGCAUUCUGGGUCCUCAUGAGUUGAGACCCCGUGCUCAGGAGGCGCAGAUCUCCCGGCAAUACCUGCACUGCAAUGAUGAGAAGAUGCGGAAGUCCCUGGGCGCCAUCAUGAUCCCACCCAUCCCAAAGGCCAGGACGGUUGCAGCGACCCCCUCCCGUGUGCCUGGCUCCCUUCCCAGCCCAUUACCUCCAGGCCAGGGAGUCCUCACAGGCCUGAGAGCUCCACGCAUGCGAUUGGCUCGGGAGAGUGGGCCUCAGGAGAAGACCCCUGCAUCUCUGGAGCCAAAACCUUUGGCCUCACCCAUCAGAGACAGGCCUGCCACUGCCAAGAAGCCUACCCUGCCUUUUUCUCAGUCUGCUCCCACGCUGACAGCCUUCUCCUUCGACCAUGCCAAAGAAGCCUGCCCUCCGCUGAAAGAAGAGGACCAGAAGGAGAUCGGCACCAAGAUCCAAGUCACCAUCUCCAAGUCUGCCCGGGAGAAGAUGCGGCUGAAGCAGAUGAAGGAGAUGGAGCUGCUCCGGAGGCCGGAGGAGCCCAGGACAGGGCAGGAGCUCACUCCCCAGGGCCUGGGCUCCCGGAGAGCCUUCAUGAAGGAAGCUAACUCAUUACCUGCGGUGCUCACGGUGGGGUCUCCUGAAUGGGAAGAAGAGGAGGAGAUGGAUCUUAGAGCCUGUAAGGAGUUGAGGCCUUUCUCGAAUCCGGAGCUGGGGCUGAGGGAUGCACUCCAGUGCCUCAACAGCAGUGACUGGCAGAUGAAGGAGAAGGGUCUGGUGAGCAUCCAGCGCUUGGCAGCCUGUCACUCGGAGGUCCUUACUGGGAGGCUGCACGACGUGUGCUUGGCGGUGACUGGGGAGGUCACCAACCUGCGGUCCAAGGUGUCUCGCCUGGCCAUCAGCACCUUGGGAGACCUCUUCCAGGCCUUGAAGAAGAAUAUGGACCAGGAGGCUGAGGAGAUUGCCCGCUGCUUGCUGCAGAAGAUGGGGGACACCAGCGACUUCAUCCAGAGAGCAGCCGGCCAGUCUCUGAGGGCUAUGGUGGAGAAUGUGACCCUUGCCCGCUCCCUGGUGGUCCUCACCUCGGCGGGUGUCUACCACCGGAACCCCUUGGUCCGGAGAUACGCGGCUGAGCACCUCUCAGCCGUACUGGAGCAGAUCGGCGCUGAGAAGCUUCUCUCGGGCACCAGAGACAGCACAGACACGUUGGUGCACAACCUGGUGAGGCUGGCCCAGGACUCCAACAAAGACACCAGAUUUUAUGGCCGGAAGAUGGUGAAUAUCUUGAUGGCGAACACUAAGUUUGAUGCAUUUCUGAAGCAAUCUCUCCCAUCUUACGACUUGCAGAAGGUCAUGGCGGUCAUUAAACAGCAGGGAAUAGAAGAUAAUGAUGAACUUCCCUCUGCCAAAGGCCGCAAGGUGUUGAAGAGUCUGGUGGUGUGUGAGAACGGGCUGCCCAUCAAGGAGGGGCUCAGCUGCAAUGGUCCAAGGCUGGUGGGGCUGCGCUCCACACUGCAGGGCCACCGGGAGAUGGUGGAGCAGCUACGGGAGGUGACGCGGCUGCUGGAGGCCAAGGACUUCCGGUCCCGGAUGGAAGGUGUGGGGCGGCUCCUAGAGAUCUGCAAGGCCAAGCCAGAGCUCGUCGCUGCCCACCUGGUCCAGGUCUUUGAUGCUUUCACCCCAAGGCUUCACGAUUCCAACAAGAAAGUGAACCAGUGGGCGCUGGAGUCCCUCGCCAAGAUGAUUCCCCUCCUCAAAGAGAGCUUACACCCCAUGCUGCUCUCCAUCAUCAUUGCUGUUGCAGACAACCUCAACUCCAAGAACGUGGGGAUUUACGCUGCUGCCAUGGCUGUGCUGGAUGUGAUGGUUGAGAGCCUGGACAACCUUUGCCUUCUACCAGCGUUUGCUGGGCGAGUGUGUUUCCUGAGUGGCCGUGCGGUGCUGGAUGUCACAGAUCGCCUGGCAGUGCUGGUGGCCUCAGUUUACCCCCGGAAGCCUCAAGCUGUAGAGCGGCAUGUCCUUCCCAUCCUCUGGCACUUCCUGAACACCACUACCGGGAAUGGCACCCUGCCUGGACCCAGCGGGAGCAUCCGCGGGGUGGUGUGCCGGCUGUCCAGGAGCCUCCAGGAGCACAUGGGCUCCCGCCUGCUGGACUUUGCCGCCAGCCAGCCAAAGCACGUCCUCAAGACGCUCCAGGAACUCUUAGAGUCCUUGGCAGGCAGCCGCAAGGCCACUGACAGAGGGGUGGCCCCUGACAGCAAGACAACUGGCAGCUCACACCCUUUUCAGCUGGAUUAAAGAUGGAUCUGAAAUGGGCAAUUAUUAUUUAUCUUAUUUUUAUGAUGGAAUAUUCUCCUGGUUACUUUCCCCCUUAGAGUUCCAGAUGUACAUGGUAUAUAUUGAAGUAGAAAUAAAAGAAUUACUUAUUUUUCU